CCCAUUCUUUUUACCUAAUCUCUUAAUAUAUAUGAACGGCAUCUUUGCUUAAGCCCCUUCAAUUAUUGCUUUCGAAUAUUCUCAUGGUAUUUGCUCUUUGUUUUUGAGGAUCCAAUUAAUAAGCAAAUCAUGGAGACUUGGCUGUUGACCUCAACACUCUCGUCUGCAUUGACCGAAGCAUUGACCUCUUCAAUCUCUUGGAUGUGAACCAGGCUUGGAAUAUUGGGUGUUCUUGUUUUUGAUACAUGUAAAGAGGUUUGGGCCAAUUUUGAUGCCUUCUGUGAAUCCCUCCAUCUGGGCUUACCAAAAGAGGAGGAGGAACGCAAUAGAACAAGAGAAUGGCAGGCUUAUGACUACGCUUUUUCAAAGACUAAAUGAGUCGGGAGUGUUUAGUGAGCUAGAGCAUUUUGGGCAACAUAGGCAAUGGCCAAGGACCCCAUUUAAUAAAAAAACUACAAGAAUAAAUAAGGCAUGUGCUCUAAGUCCACCCAAAGUUUCAUCAAUAAGGUCCACAGAGAGGGAGAGCUACAUCCUGCAUUUUCUUGAGAUUUCUGCGAGGUUUUUGCUCGAAUAAGCAACAAGGUGCACGAUAUUGUUGAAGGGCAAAUCCUUUCAUGCCUGUCCAUAAUUUGAAGUCAUUUUCAAUUCAAGCUCCACGAUAUAUUUUUUAUAAUAUAAUAAUGCUAGAAUUACGCUCGAUCUCCUCAGCAUGCAUCGAGUAAUCGCGUUUGGGAGCCCAAAGAAUAAA